CGAGUUUUUCACCCGUAGUCUGUAGAUGUCGGCGAAUCGUGUCGGACCAUUUCGAGCCGUAGUGGUCUGAAUGUGCGGCGCAAGAUUCUGUUCUUCUCUGCCUAUCCACAAGUGGUUCACUACCGCGAUCCCCACGAAUUGGGUGAAAAAAUAGGUGAAAAGAAUUUCAGGAAGGAAUUUGCCGCGAAACUGAGUGUGGCAACAGUGGGUCUGUGUGUGGUAGUGUGGUAGAGCUCGAGAUCGUGACCGGUGAGUGGGAAAUUCUACGUGGACCGCCGCACAGAGAGACGGUGUAUUUUGUGCGGAAAAGGUUUUUGCUGGGCGAGUGAAGAUUUCUUUGUAGCGCAAGUAGAUUCUGUGAAAGGCAAGAAAAAUGUCGGAUUUGGAGGAAAUUGGUGAUAUGAGCAAUUUCGAUGCCUGGCUGGAGAAGGAUUUUCUCAGCAAGAUCAACCGGCUGGAGACGGAGUGUGAGGAUUCAAGGGAGAAAAUCAAAACUCUGGAUAAGGACUUGAAGAAGAAGACGAUCGAGUGUGACAUUCUGCGGGCCAAGGUGGGUAAACUUGAGACGGUUCCGUCGAACAAUGCCGCAUCAAACGAGAAAAUCGAGAUUCUGGAGAAGGAACUGAAGAGGAAGAGCAUGGAACUGGAUAUUCUGCGCUCAAAGCUGUCGAAUGCGGAGACUAAACCGGAAGCAUCACAGGAUCUAGCAGAAAGAGUGAAACAGCUGGAAAAGGAAUUGAAGAAGAGAAUCAUCGAAAACGGCAUUUUGCGAGGCAAGUUAACCGAGGUAGAGUCUGAACCUCCAACCCCCGAAAGCCAAGACAAGAUUGACGAAUUGGUGCGGGGAUUCCAGCGACAGGAAAGUGUGGUGUUGAGGGAAAAAGUGAAGGAAUUGGAGGGUGAUCAUGAAGCAUCCGAAAAAACCGGAGAGCUCGAGAGGGAAUUGAAGAAGAAAAAUAUUGAAAGUGAUAUUCUGCGAUCAAAAUUGAAGCAAUUUGAAUGCUCGCCCGGAUCUAAUCAGGAAUCCAACGACAGAAUCAGAGAGCUUGAGAAGCAGGUACGAAAAUACCAGAUUGAGGCGGACAUUUUGAGGGCGAAAGUUACCACGAUGGAAUCCGAUGCCGCCGAUAAAGAUGAAGAAGAAUCCAGUGAGAGGAUAGAAGAGUUGGAGAAGGGACUCCAGAGGAGUACCACUGAAGGCAAUUUACUCCGAGCCAAGAUGCGUAUGUUCGAGAAUGAGUCAACAGCAGCACAUGAUAGCAGCAGUGAAAAAAUAGAGGAAUUGAAACGGGGACUGAAGAAAAGCACUACGGAAAGUCAAAUUUUACGCUCAAAAUUGUCGGAAAUGGAAAACAAACAAACUGCUUCUGGAGCCAGUACAUAUAAAAUCGAACAGCUCGAACAGGAGCUUAAGAAAAAGAAUAUUGAAAAUGAUAUCCUCCGAUCGAAGGUGGACCAGCUGGAACGAGUGCCACUGGCGGACAGUCCGGCAAAUGCUAAGGUAGAAGAACUGCAGAAAGAGAUACGCAAACUGAAGAUCGAGAAUGACAUUCUUCGGUCUAAGCUGAAUCAUGCUGAAGAGGAACCGAUCGAGUCUCAGGAAUCCAGCGAUCGCAUAAGUGAGCUUGAGAAUGAGCUAAAGAAGCGUGUGAUUGAGAGUGAUAUUCUGAGAGCAAAAGUCACCCAGCUGGAGUGUGAGCUUUCGCCUACCAAGAAUUCCAACGAGCGUAUUGAAGAUUUGGAGGGUGAACUGAAGAAAAAGAUUCUCGAAAACGAUAUUCUAAAAUCCAAGCUGACACAGCUGGAAAGUGAGCUUCACUCGCAUCAGUCCAACAACAAGAAAGGAGACACACAGGAAAUUAAGAAGCUCAAGGAAAAACACGAGGAGGUGCUUACCAAGGCUAAAGAGCUAUUGUUCGAGCGUUCGAAAACUGUUAAAAUGCAGGAAAUGCAAAUCAAAGCACUGCAGAACCAAAUCGAGAACAUCAAGGAAGUUGUCACUGUCACCAAGGAUAUGCUGAACAUUCGAAAUAUGGAACAUGACCAGUUACAGACUCGCUUCGAGAAUAUCGACAGCAAAAUGAAGGCCGAACGGGAAAAGCAAACGCUGCUAGAGAAGAAGUUGGCCGCCUCGCAGAAGCUGUACAACGAUUUGAGGGAAGAAUACACCAAACAAGUGGAUCUGUUCAAGGCCUCCUCUGCUGAUUCCUCUUACAGGACAUCCAGAAGACCUACGCCGAGAAGAUCGAGCUCAUCAAAGGGGAAAUCGAGCAAGUCAGGAAUAGCCACCAUUAACGGCAGCAUCCAUCCAGACGAGAGACGGCCCGGUAAGCGGCUCAACCUACAGGAAGCUGGAGACGAAACUGAACAACGCUGUUGCUGCUCGACAUCAUGAGGCGGAACUGAAAAACUCAGCUUUCAAAUACCAUAAUAAAUCACCCGUGUCAGAGAAUAUUCAUGGAAAAAAGGAAUGUUUCAUACUUCGUCAUAUAUAAUUUUUGAUCAAGAAGCCUUGUAGGCAUAUUCAUAUACCUGAAAGAGUGCUGAAAAACAAAUAUCAUUGCUUUGAACGAAGUAAUUAAAUUUUCGGAACUAUUAUAAUUUUCUGUGGAUAGCUUACUUGCACCCAACCAUGAUUUCUAUCUUUGGGUGAAGACAUAGAAGAAGAAGAGCGAAAAAAAUAAACAGACAUUACCAGAACGUAAGGAUGGAUUUUUUGUAUAAACUUUAGAUUACACUCGAAUUGCUGGAGAUACACUAUAAAAGUGCGAUGGUUGGUGGGAAAGUGCCAAUCAAUCAUACAUUACUAUUAUAAACCUAAACAAAGCAUAACCAGAAAACAAAGCAACUCUUUUAUACUUAGUAAAAUGAUAUAUCUAAUCUUAUUAUUGUAAAUUGAACUACAAAGUUGGCGUCAACUUGAUUUUAUAAUGUCUCUAUAACAUUCAGCUGGAUAUUGAGAAAUUAAAUUACCGAAAAUAAA